AACAAGCAUGGCAGGGAAUAUACACAACACUGUGGCUCCGAUAGCUAGUUCUCUAUCUAAACUACAGUCGUUAAAUGGAUUGUUUGCGAUAUAUAAGAAACAAGGGCCGACAUCUGCAGACGUGUUGAACACACUCAAAGAAGUUUUACUCAAGGAAGCUGGCGUGAAAAACCCAAACCCGCGAAAGAGGAAGAAGCAGAGCCUGAAGAUGGGUCACGGAGGGACGCUGGACAGUGCUGCCAGUGGGGUGCUGGUUGUUGGUGUUGGGAAUGGCACAAAGAUGCUCAGCACAAUGUUGGCUGGUUCGAAGAAAUACGUUGCGGUGGGGGAACUGGGGAAAGCAACAGAUAACCUCGAUGCCACUGGCAGUGUGGUUCUGGAGAAAGACUUUGAACACAUCACCAGGCUGGACAUCGAGGACAAACUAAAAGCUUUCACUGGUGACAUCAUGCAAGUUCCUCCACUCUACUCUGCGCUGAAAAAAGACGGCCAGCGUCUGUCUGUCCUGCUGAUGAAAGGUCACAAGGUUGAGGCCAAACCCGCCAGACCAGUCACCGUGUACAACCUGACCCUGCAGGAGUUCAAGCCUCCUCUCUUCACCCUGGAUAUCGAGUGUGGUGGUGGAUUUUACGUCAGAAGCUUGGUGGAUGACCUGGGAAAAGCUCUGUCGUCGUGCGCUCACGUGAAGGAACUGAUCCGGACCAAGCAGGGUCAGUUCACCCUGGAGGAGCACGCCUUACACGAGGAGCAGUGGACGCUGGAACACGUCCUGCGCUCCCUGCAGCCCUGCUCGGAGCCGGAGCAGGGGGUGUGCCGCGUGGACCCACCAGAAGCCGACACCUGACGGGCCUCUGACCGGGACCACAAGGUGAAGAGCCGGGUUCGCUGUCAGUUUCGUGGUUAGACGUGACUCGCCUGCCGGGCUUUUCCAGCCAAGAGAACAGGAGCAGGUUCACCUGCUGGAGAACACCUUCACAGAGCAGGUGGAUGUAUUAUCAGUUAAUCUGUGAGGGCCCUGCUGUUUGCUCUAAACAUGUUACAAACAAAGACGUUGACAUGUGAACGAGAGCAUUUCUGUUCUUCCGGUACAAAGUGUCGAGCUGUGUUUUUUUUUUUUAAAGAUUGGCGUACUCCACAUUUGAAAGUGUUGUUGCGUCAGCGGUGGUGUGUUUAUACAGCAUGUCUAAUUGAAUUUGUCCUGCACUCGCAGAUUAAAUGAAUAUUCAAGUGAAGCAGCUCUUCUUUCUUAAAUACUUGCAUUUCAAACCAACAACCAACAUUUCUACCAUCACACAACAGAGUUUCACUGUCGUCUUCUGCUGCCCGUUGCUACGCUGACGGGUUGGUCGAUGCAUUGAGGACGUUUGAGGGCCAGAGGAGAGAUUUCUUAAAUCUAUACGUCUCCUUUCAUAGUUCUCUCGAAUUUCUUGUUUUGAUUCCUUUCUCUCUUUUUUUUUUUUUUUUUUUUCUUCCUUUAAGCAGACAAAAAUAACUUCUAUCUCCACUCAAGCGGUUUACGGUGCGGUAAGAUUUGCUGCCAUCUAGUGUAGAUGUUGCAGAUUGCAACCAACUGAAACCUCCUGUGUGCCAGAGGUGCUGGUAUGAUUAGGCCCUACCGUCAUACAGCUGUGCUCCAUAUUGCAGACGAUGUUCUGAAAUGAUGACUCAUUGUUUCAUCAUUUUGAUUCGGUCUUGGUAUCUCAAAUCACAUAUUAGCAUCACAAUAAAGACGUCGUAUUGUCUCUCAGGUCUCAACUGUCUAAAAAAAAUGAUGAAUUUGAGAAUGUUUGAGUUACUAAAACAUAAAAUAUGUAAUGCUUUGUCCAAAGUGAGAUCAGUCAAAAUCUGGAUUUAUCUGAAGUUAUUAGUUCAGCAUAAUGUUCUGUGUCAUCAAGUCAACCUUAUUAGAUACAAAGUCAUUCUCUCUUUAUAACUCAGAUUUCGUAUCAUAUAUAUCAUUUUGACUCACAACGAGAAAGAAUUACAAAAGUGUGUCAUAUUCGAUUAAUUGUUAAAUCUCCGAACGGUAAAGGUUGUGCUCGCGCAACGUCUCCGCGCGUUCACGAGUC